AUGCCUACAAAUCCUAGCUUCAACUGGCUGAGAUUACAGAAUGUCUACUAUGAUAUAAGCACUUGUUACGCCCCUUUAGGUUGGCCAAUUGAGGACCUCUACCCCAAUUACAGGAUAUCAUUUGCGCCAAACACGACGUUGAUUGCCAUUGCGUCCAAGUCAGUUCCACACCCGAACCUUGUUGAAGUUUAUGGUCUAAGUGGAAAUAAGGUGUCAUCAGUGGUUUAUAAUAGUACGCCAACCGAUUACAUUCAUGACUUUCAUUUCCGUCGAGAAGAUUUAGUAUUGAUCCUUAACGAUGGGAAAUUUAGGUAUUACCAGGAUUUGGUGGGGAAUUUCAAUGAGUACCGAUUUACCGAGGAUUUGGUUAAAUUGGACAAUAUGACUCCUAAUGGUAAGAACGGUAAUAAGCCUGUCACGGAGUCGAGUAGGAUGAUAACCAACCUCGAAAACGACGAAACAGAGGAAAUUAUCAACAUCCUAGAAACGCAUACUUCUGAAAACCAUCUAAUUGUCAGACUUGAAAACAAACUCAUAUUGACAGAUUUGGACUCAUUCCAAAACUAUGAAAUUGAUAUCUCCAGCUACUCACCAAAGGAUAUCGAGGGACUUUCUGUAAAUGAUAGCAAGGAAAACGUUGUCAUCUACAUUGCAUGUCAAAAGACAAUUCUAGUUUUAAAAGUCGAUUUCGGUCUCUCGAGUUUCGAACUUGUUGAUCAAGAGUUGACUGAUGGACCAUUUAAUAGCAUUUCUGUGUCACCAAAUGAACAAUUAAUUGCAUUGCAUAAUAAGUCAUUUAGUAAAGUCCUUGUUGUUAGCAGCUCGUUCGAUCAAAUACUUUUGGAAUAUGAUACGUCAAACGAUUCAAGUUCGCCCUAUCAAGUGACUUGGUGUGGCAAUGAUGCGAUCGCUUUGUCGUUGAAAGAUGAGAUAAAAUUGAUUGGUCCAGAACAACAAUCAAUAUCAUUCUUUUACGAUAUUGAUGAGGAUGAUGACUUUGAUCUCGACAACUUGCUUCUAAAAGACCCAGGAAAAAAUGAUUUACUGUACACAAUCCCCAUCUUGCAAACCUUGUCGGAUGGUUUGCGUGCAGUAACAAGUGAAAAAGUACAGCUUUUAUGUCGAGUACCAGAAAAGACGGUGGCGAUGUACCAAAUUGGAUCAAACAGCCCAAGUAGUAUAUUGGCCGAUUGUGUCAACAAAUUCAACCUGAAUGCAGCAAAAGCGCAUGCUAAUAUCACCCUUUUGAAAUCAGAUGGCGUACUAUCAAUUGCCAUGGAAGACGCCCUCCAAGUGGCACUCGAUGAACUUGAUUCAAGCUGGCAGAAAAAGGCUUUGAAAGCGGUUUCAUUUGGAAAAGUUUAUACUGAAGGCACAUUUGAUGCGAACAAGUACGUAACUGUAUUAAACACCGUCAAGGUGUUGAAUCAAUUAAGGGCGCAAGAGUUGGGAUUGUUUUUGACCUACCUGGAGGUGCAAACCAUUGGAUGGAAAGAAGUGGUCAAAAUGCUUCUACGAAGAAAUCAGCACUACUUGGCGUUGCGAAUCGUAAGUACAUUAGGCCUCAAAGACUUGAUGCCAUUGAUCUACAUUCAUUGGUGCUGCUAUAAAAUACGGAAAGAGCUGGACUACUCGGACGUGAAAUUGUUUAAAGUUAUUGUUGACAAGUUGCUAUCUGCUUCUAAUAAGAGGACGAAUUACAUAUCCAUUGACAUGAUUUCGGAUGUGGCACAUGAAGAAGGGAGGGUGAUUUUAACAAAUUUGUUGGUUGAUUUAGAGCCCUCCGUUAGCAACAAGGUGAAGAAGCUAAUUGACUUUGACGAGAUUGAACUCGCAUUGGUCAAAGCAUUUCAAUCGGGUGACUAUUACUUAAGUCUUCUUAUGCUCUUGCGUGUGCAAGAUACCUUACCCACAUCAGAUUUUUUUGAGAUAUUAAACCAAAAUGAAAGCAAGCAUUUUAACCCCACUAUCCAAAGAGAAUUGCUGGAUUUGAAUGUGGAAAUUCCAACAGAGACUACACCAAUCAAAGGUGAGGUUAUCGGACAUACUUGGGUUGAGUCAAUGGGAAAGUCGUAUCCCAAAUUGAUGGAGAAAUUCUUAGCUCAUGAAGAUAAAACUCACGAGUUGAACUUAAUAAAGUUGAAAGAGUUUUCAAAGACUCAUCCAAAUGGGGAAGGUGAAGAAUACUACAAUAACUACAAGAAGCUAUUAACAAAGUGUUUGCGAAAAUCAAUUCGAACUACUACCAUGAAAGCCAUUGAAAGAGAGCUCAAGAUUCUUGAACUUCAAAACCGGUUGGAAAAGACAUACCUUAGUAACUUUUAUUCUGAAAAAUCAUUGUUGCAAAUCCUUCAAAAAUUAAUCAAAAUGAAUCAAGUCAAACCAGCGAGCAAAAUAGUUAAAGAGUUCUCGGUGUCACAAGAAAAGUUUUGGCAUUUGGUGUUAAACACGUAUUCUCAAGCGCGUGAGUUUGACCGAUUGUAUGAAUUUGUAUUUGGAUCAUUAGAUGCAUCGGUGGGUAAAUCUCCUAUAGGGUUUGAGCCAAUUAUAGAAGCCGCAUUUGCCAAUAAUGCACCAAAGGAGCACAUAUCUGCAUAUAUUCGCAACUCAGUCAAGUACAAUUAUGAUGAAAAAGUUCGGUUAUUCAUUAGAAACGAGGAUUAUGAAUCAGCGGCGCAAGAGGCGUUUAAGAAUAAAGAUGUUGAAAUUCUUCGAAAUUUAAAGCAAAAUGUGCCUGCUUCUGAUACAAAAGCUGUACAAGUUAUAAAAUCAAAUAUGCAAAAGUUGGGUUAUUGA